AAUAAUAAAAAAAAGAAUACAGUAAAAAAAAAAAAAGAAGGGAACGAGUUCGACUCGAGACGCCACCUAAUCUUAAACUGACCCGACCUCCUCCUCGAUUUCUUCCCUUUUCCGUCAACUAAUUCAACCACCACUAACCAAAUCAUCUGGACUUUUUAGGGUUUUUAUUUGUAAUGGAACGAGCUCCAUCUUCUCCUACAACGCAGACGCCACGCGGAGCUCGUCGGUCUAAGGAUCCAGAAAUGGACGUUCAUGUUGGGGUGAACGAAGCUGACCCGACCUCCUCCGUUUGGGACUGGGGCGAUCUCCUUGACUUCACCGUAGACGAUCACUUCUCCAUCUCCUUUGACGACGAGAACUUAUCUCUUUAUCCUUUAGAAGCUCCAGCUCCGGAUUCGGAUCCAGUUCCCGGGCCGGAUCGUGUCAGGAAGCGGGACCCUAGGUUGACUUGUUCAAAUUUUCUAGCUGGUCGCAUUCCGUGCGCGUGCCCCGAGAUCGACGAGCAAAUCGAGAAGCUUGAAGAGGAAGAGGCGGGGGCGCCGGGGAAGAAGCGAGCCCGAACAGGUAGGAUCGGGUCAGGGACGUGUCGGUGCCAAGUUCCGGGUUGCGAAGCGGAUAUUAGCGAGCUUAAAGGUUACCAUAGGAGGCAUAGGGUUUGUCUCCGAUGCGCGAACUCGAGCACCGUUUUGAUCGAUGGAGAAACCAAGAGAUAUUGCCAACAGUGUGGCAAGUUUCACCUGCUGUCGGAUUUUGAUGAAGGUAAAAGGAGUUGCCGAAGGAAACUAGAGCGUCACAACAAUAGACGACGUAGGAAGCCUGUUGGUUCUAAGACUGUGGCCAACGAUGAAUCCCAAGGGGCUGUGCAGAGUGAAGAUGUUGCUUGUGACGGUGAAGCAGGAAAAGAUGGUUCAAGCUUGAGUGGCCAGAUAGCUGAAGAAGAAGCAGCCUUCGAGUCUGAAGACGGGCGUGGUUCCACUCAUUGCUCAGCUCCCAUGUUACAGAGUGUUAAUAAUGAUAGUGUUGUAACUCUUAUUGACACUGAAAUGGAUGGAAGGAAAGAUGACUCCAAGUUCUCACUUUCUACUUCUUCCUGUGACAAUAAGACUGCUUACUCAUCUAUGUGCCCUACAGGCAGGAUCUCAUUCAAGCUUUAUGAUUGGAAUCCGGCAGAAUUCCCUCGAAGACUUCGGCACCAAAUUUUUCAAUGGUUGGCCAAUAUGCCUGUUGAGUUGGAAGGCUACAUCCGCCCUGGUUGCAUAAUCUUAACUGUGUUUAUUUCAAUGCCGAAGAAUAUGUGGAACAAGUUAUCUGAAAAUCCCAUGACCUACAUGCAUGACUUUGUCUUUACGCCUGGAAGGAUGCUAUAUGGGAGAGGCUUCAUGACUAUUUAUCUGAAUGACAUGAUUUUCCGUACCAGGAAAGAUGGAACUUCUAUGGUGAAAAUUGAUAUGGAGAUGCAAGCCCCAAGACUUCAUUAUGUUUAUCCCGCAUGUUUUGAGGCUGGCAAGCCAAUGGAGUUUGUUGCUUGUGGAAGUAAUUUGCUGCAGCCCAAAUUUCGGUUUCUAGUAUCUUUUGCUGGAAGGUAUCUGGCGUAUGAUUAUUGCGUUGCAUCCCCACAUGUUCAGAGUAAAGGGGAUUCUCCUAGUUGUGAUCAUCGAUUAUACAAAAUACACGUCCCUCUAACUGAACCUGAUCUCUUUGGUCCUGCAUUCAUUGAGGUUGAGAAUCAGUCUGGAUUAUCAAAUUUUAUUCCUGUCCUAAUUGGAGACAAGGAAGUUUGUUCUGAGAUGAAGUCAAUACAGAAGAGGUUUGAUGCAUCUCUUUUUCCGGGAGGAUCAAAAAUGUCUGCAACUGGGUCAUUGUUGGAGGCAUGCGAAGCUUCAAGUUUGCGACAAAGAACUUAUUCUGAACUUGUUUUAGAUAUAGCAUGGUUAUUGAGGGAGCCUAAACUGGAAAAUUUUCAAGAGAUGAUGGCCUCUUCUCAAAUUCAAAGAUUCAAUUGUUUAUUGAGUUUUCUCAUACACAACGAAUCAACAGUCAUUUUGAAGAAAGUAUUACAAAAUCUGAAGAUUCUGGUGGAGAAGACUGGGUUUAAUGGAGCUAAUGAUUCUGACAUAAGAUUAUUCGAGAAACAUAUGGAUUAUGCUAGAGACAUCCUUAGUAUCAAACUUCAGAAAGGUGAAAGUCUAGUGCUGCAUUCAGAGUACAUCGAGCGAGAAAGAAAUUGGUGUUUGCAGAGCAGCUUUAAAGAUGAUGAGCUAUCAGUUGUUCCAAAUGCUUUUCAGGACUUGGAGGAAAGAACAAAUGGUAAAUUACGAGCAAUGACGGCAUCAACUAGUUUCACUAGAAGUGAGACUGUUCCGCUUUUAAAUAGAGAAAUAAUCAUGAAUGUGAACCUUAACAAGGAGUGCCCAAGAAAAUCAUGUAGUCCCAUUUUCACCGCCACAACAUUGAGAUCUCGUCCUGCUGUAUUAAUACUUGCUACUGCUGCUAUAUGCUUAGGGAUGUGUGCAGUCCUUUUCCACCCUAACAAAGUUGGUGAGUUUGCAGUAACAAUACGGAGGUGUUUGUUCGACAGGGUUGUAGAUGUUGAAUAAGGUCUUCAAACCAAAUAAUUGCCAUGGAUCUCCUCAUAUGUAAAUAUAUAAUGUAUGUUAGGUUUGAUGAAAUCAGGCUGUCGGAAGCUUCAGCAUGUGAAUGUACUCCCCGGUUUUGAAUUUGAUUUCUUCGAUUUAUUUGACCUCUGUUUCCUCGAUCCAAGUGCAUCUGACAAAAUGGGCAAUCUAGAAUUUGUAGAAGUAUGAAUGGCAAUAUUGCAGGAUGUUGAAUGUAAGACUGAGGGACCUCAGUUAUUGUAAAUCUUAAAUCUACAAUUGUUAAGCAGUUUUA